ACCAGAAACGACACCCUGAUGGCGGUAAGAGCUAGGCUGAUAGCAUUGCUUAGUAAAGCAGUUUUGCUUUUCUCGGUUUACUCUGUUGCUUCAAGUCAUUCAGAAUCUUUGUGCCCUGAAGGAAAGUUCGCAAAUAUUGCGCGGAUCUGUGUACCAGAAUGUGCUACGGGAUACUAUGGUGAUACACUUACGGGAACCUGCCAAAAAUGCUCCUCAAAUUGUAGAACUUGUUUGAAUGGUGAUAGAAACGACAGAUGUUCCAGUUGCAAUCCUCCUUGGUAUCUGAAAAAAGCAACAUGUGUCCAGACUUGUGAUAAUUAUCUUACCAAGGGUCCUCCUGAGACAGAGAUUAGACUCGUUGGUGGAAGUAGUCAUCUUGAAGGCCGCGUUGAAAUUAAUCACCGUGGGAUCUGGGGCACCAUUUGUGAUGACUUGUGGGAUAUUAGUGACGCGGAUGUUGUUUGCCGUGAACUGUUGCUAGGAAAGGCCCAAGAGGCUGUAUCUUUUGGAAGACUGGGUAGAGGACAAGAUUCACAGCCAAUUUGGCUCUCAAAGGUACAGUGUAGUGGAAAUGAGACACGCUUGGAGCGAUGCCAACACCAUGGGUGGGGCAAUCACUCAUGCAGCCAUUUUGAAGAUGCUGGUGUCCGAUGCAAAGGACCUGAUACAUCCAGAGAAUGCGUCAGCUCCUGUGGAGAUGGAUAUUACCGCAAGAAAGGAAAGAAACAGUGUGGUGUAUGCUCUACGAGCUGUCUUACCUGUGAAGGCUCCUCUACAGUCUGUACCAGUUGUGACGCUUUCCGAUUUCGUAAAGGUAAAAGCUGCGUUACAUCAUGUGGACAGGGUUUCUAUGGUGAUACCUCUGAUCGACAAUGCAAACCAUGUGAUCCAGGAUGUCGCACAUGCGCAGACGGAACCUCGUCCACCGCUUGUACAACUUGCCCAGAUGAUCGAUACUUAAAAGGAGACGAGUGUGUCGUGAGCUGCGCACCUUCGCUUGUCGGUCAAAGACGACGCAUGCGCCUAGCAGGGAAAAAUUCCACCGAGCUGGAAGGUCGUUUGGAAAUUUUUGUAAACGGCGCCUGGAGCACGGUUUGUGACAAGACCUUUAAUUUUCCUGAGGCAAGUGUCGUAUGUCGGCAGCUUAGGCUUGGAUCCGCCGUAAAAGCUGUCAAGAAGACUGUGUACGGACUUGGAAGCGGUCCAAUAUGGUCCAGAGACGUAAAAUGCACUGGAAGAGAACUAAGUCUGUUCGAGUGCAAAACUACGCCUCGCGCACGUUCGGGUUGUUACCAUAGCAGCGACGUAGGAGUUGUUUGUUCUGGACCAGUGCGUGGCGAGCCACCGAUUAACCAGUGCUUGAAGCGAUGCAACCCUGGCUGGUACAAGAAUGACUUUGAUGUCUGUAGUUUGUGCGCAUCACAGUGUGCUGAAUGUUCAGGCAAUAGCUUCCGCUGUACUAAAUGUAAGGAACCUAAAUUCUUAAAAGACAAUACGUGCGUUGAUAAAUGCAACGAUGGAGAAUAUGGACACAUUCCUUCGCGAGAAUGCCGAAAGUGUAACACAGAAAAAUGUGUGACGUGCGCAGAUGGAAACGAUGAAAAUGACUGUAAGUCAUGUACAUCUCCUAAAGCGCUGAAGAAUGGCACCUGUGCGGAGAGUUGUGGGCCUGACAUGUAUCAUAAGAGUGGAGUCUGUGUCAGUAAAUGUGGUGAUUUAUUUUAUGAGUUUGCUGGAAAUUAUUCUUGUCUCCCCUGUCCACCUGAAUGUUUGCAAUGCGUAUUCAACAGUGUGAAGGGUCUACCUCAUUGUACAAUAUGUGCUCCACCCCUUGUGUUCGACAACAACGUUUGUCAUAUCAACUGUUCUGGCUCAAAGGUGGCCGUACCAAUAAGAGCUCUGAAUAAUUCAUAUCCGAAUUCAGCGCUGGUUCGACUGAGUAACGGUUCCGACUAUCUUGAGGGUGUGCUGGAGAUAUUUCACGAUGGAGUUUGGGGAACCGUGUGUGAUGAUGGAUGGGACGCGAAAGAGACCUCAGUAGUAUGUAGAGAGCUUGGCCUCGGCAAGGCUGACACAACGGCAUCCCUUGGCCACAUCCUAAAACAGCCAAGGGAGGCGCAGGGCAAACUUUGGUUAGAUGAUGUUUUCUGCACGGGAAGCGAGAAAACCUUGCACGAAUGUCGACAUAGUCCUUGGGGGAAAACGAAUUGCAGGCACGACGAAGAUGCGGUUCUCCGUUGCACAGGGCCAGGAAUACGCAAAUGUCAACAGAAGUGUCCUGCCAAAUUUUACGAAAAGGGAAAAGUUUGCUUCCCAUGCAAUAUCAACUGCAACUCUUGCGAAGGUGGUCCUAAUAAGUGUAAAACCUGCCUGACCGGUUAUUUCAAGAAGAAUGAAACAUGUGUCGCUGAUUGUGGUCGAGGCUUCUAUCCUGCUGGUAUUACAUGUUUGAAGUGUAAUAAGUCGUGCAGUAGCUGUGAGGGGACACGUAGUAACUGUACAUCGUGUCCCAAGUCUAGAUACAAGAAAGACUCAAAAUGUGUGACUGACUGUGAGCCGGGGUUCAAGCCAUCCUCCAUACCAUUUGUGCGUCUAGUUGGACCGACACCGUUUGAAGGACGCGUUGAGAUUUACCACGGAGGCAGGUAUGGCAGCGUUUGUGAUGACUUCUGGGAUAUAAAAGAUGCUAACGUUGUGUGUAGAAUGUUAGGGAUGGGAAAUGCUACAGCUGCUGUAAAACGUGCAAAGUACGGAUCAUUAGAAGACGGGCCAGUUUGGAUGGACGAUGUUAAUUGCACUGGGAACGAACUUUCUUUGAUUGAAUGUGGAUUCAAUGGAUGGGGAAUUGAAGAUUGUACUCACUCUGAAGAUGCAGGAGUUAUUUGUCAGAGUCCCGGUAACAAUCAAGACUGUUUUUCAAGCUGUAAUCUCAGUAACGGAUACUUUUUGGACGGAAACAAUGGGUGUGGUAAAUGUAGCAGUGAAUGCAAAACAUGCUCGGGUACUCCCGAAAAUUGCACCACAUGUCCACAAAAUACCUUCCUCAAUAUGACGGGCAACAUGACGUUCAACUGUGCCUCUUCAUGCGUAGAGCGUUACUUUGCAGAUCCUCUCACUCAACACUGCAUGCCAUGUGGCAUAAAUUGUCAAGACUGUGAAGGUCGUAAAGAUAACUGUACUGCCUGUGCAGGGAAAUUUCUUAAUAACUCAAAAUGUGUUGAUCAAUGUUCAGAGAACGAGUUGACUGUGAAAGGUGUCUCUGGUAUUCGUUUAGCCGGUGCAAACUCAACAGUGGAAGGAAGAGUGGAGGUACUUCAUGAGGGAAUAUGGGGAACCAUCUGUGACGAUUCGUUCGAUAUGAUGGACGCUAAAGUGAUUUGCAGGCAGCUAAAACUUGGAAAAGCAGUCGAAGCUCUUGGGAGGGCGAAGUAUGGUAUGGGAACCGGGCAGAUUUGGAUUGAUGAUUUACGAUGUGUUGGAACGGAGAGAAAUAUCCGGCAUUGUAAGAUGAAAGCUGGGGGAAUUGGAAGUCAUAACUGCAGACAUACUGAGGACGCAGGAGUCAAGUGCUCAGGUCCAGACAUGUCCCAGAAAUGUGUGACAUCAUGUGGUUCUGGUUUCUUCAAAGGAGAGAAAAAGAAAUGCGAGCGAUGCGCCAUGAAAUGUAAAAAUUGUUAUGGAUCAGCCUCAUCUUGUACUAGCUGUGAUUCUCCGUACUUCUACGCUUCCUCAGAUUGUGUCAGAAAAUGUCCGCCUGGUUUGUAUGGUGACACUAAAGAGCGUUUGUGUAAGCCCUGUGAUAAAGUGUGCCAGACGUGCUCAGAUGGCGAAACUGGAGAUAAAUGUCGGUCUUGUCCAAACGGAUUGUUCCUCAAUGGCAGUGCCUGUGUCAAGGACUGCGGUGACCUCCAUUCCGUGUCAUCAUUAUUCUUGCCAAGGCCACAAGAGCCGGUGGUCAGAUUAGUAAAUAAAGAAGGAAGCAGGGGGCAGGGGCGAGUAGAAGUGCUGUAUGAGGGCGUAUGGGGAACUGUCUGCGAUGAUGGUUGGGACAUAAACGACGCUAGCGUUGUUUGUAAAGAGCUUGGCUUUGGGAAGGCGAAAGAAGCUUCGAAACACUCUAGCUUUGGAAAGGGAAUCGGAAUUAUCUGGAUGGAUAACGUGAACUGUCUCGGUUAUGAGUCCUCACUUACCCACUGUCGUCACGUUGGCUGGGGUGAAGGUAACUGUGAUCCAAACCACGCAGAAGAUGCAGGUGUGAUCUGUGAUAACACGACUGUAGAAGAACUCAGCAAUAACUUUUGUAGGAAGGUCAACGAUGGUUCAUGUGCUGAUCUUCAGCUGUGUGACAGUCACGCGGGAGUAACGUGUGUAGACUUGGACCUUUACAACCAAAAAGGAGAGGAAGAGUCCGUGUGUAUGAGAUGUCCAAAUGGUUACACAGGUGACGGACAGAAAUGCAGAGUUAUUGCCUCCAAGCCCCCAAUAUUUGACAAGAAGCCAAACAAGUUGGAAAACGUGAAAUUUCAAGAUGCAUUUAGCCUACAGUGUUCCUCUUUGCCUCCAGUGGUAUAUCCGUCCGCGUGGGACUGGAGGAAAGAUGGGAAGCCACUCUCCGUCAAUGACAUAAGAUCCAGGAGGAUUACUUCUAUAUCCGGGACUUUGGUAGUGAGAUCUGCUGCUGCAGAGGAUACUGGAAACUACACAUGCGUGUUAGUGAACAGUGCCGGAUCAGUUGAGAGUGACCCGGUGAUGGUUGUUGUAAAAGUCCCUCCCCAGAUCCCUGGCGUCGUAUCAGCCGACGUUGCCAAGGGCGACAGUACAACUCUGGCUUGUUUAGUGUCCAGCUUUCCGCCGUCAAACAUCACAUGGCGAUACAAGGACAAAAUCAUUGGCUCGGAUAACAUUAGAUACAACGUCAAUGAUAGAAACUUUUCUAUUCAGAUAAAAAACGUAAAAUUUGAGGACGCUGGGGACUACGAGUGCGAAGUUAUGAAUGAGUUAGGAUCAGCAGUGGCUUAUGCAAAACUUGAAGUGGGAUUGACACUUCGAUACACCAAGUUCGAACCAGAGGCCAAGAUCAAAAAAAUGGGCCAAGAUGUCACACUAUCAUGCGUUGUAAGCGCUAUCCCUUCUCCAAAUAUGGCAUGGAAAAAGGAUGGAGAACUGGUAACGAAUGACGAUCGUCAUGUGGUCACUCAAACAGAUUUGACAAUACGUAAACUUACUUCAACGGACAUGGGAAGAUAUUACUGUAUAGCCUGGAAUAAACGAAGUGUAAAGGCCAGGGAUGUUCUCUUGUUUGUAACAGGGCCUCCAAUAAUAGACAUUUUUCCAGUUGAUCAGGAUGUUCUCUCCGGAGCCGAUGUAUCUUUGUACUGUGGAGGAUAUGGUGAUCCUCCUCCGAAGAUUAUCUGGCGAAAAAAUUCCGUGAACGUUGAGACCUCACACAGAAUAAAAAUUGAUCCCGUCCAGGGAUCAGGAGAGCUUCAGAUUAUUUCGGUGACUGUCGAAGAUGCGGGAAAGUAUGAAUGCAUUUAUAGAAAUAGUUUUGGUGAGGCCAGGAGAGAGGCGUCGCUUACGGUGGACGGGCAAACAGGGACAGAAUCAAAAACGAAGGCAUCGAAAGGUCUCAGCACUGGAGCAGUGGUGGGAAUCAUUGUUCCCCUCGUUCUUGUCAGCCUCCUCGUUGUUGUUGCAGUCAUCUUCAAGUGUCGAAAGACUUCGUAUUACAGAGGAGACAGACUUAUGAUGAGCAAACCAACAUGGCUCUCUGACUUUAAAACGAGAGUAGCAUCAUCUUUUGGCAAGGAACCAAAAACAGAGCCCUUAGAGGAGGAAGACAUUGAUUUAUAAAGGGACUAGGAAACUUUACAUCAAAAACACUGUGAAUUAGAAACUGUUCCUUACAGUAGAGUGAUAGAAUAACAGCUUAUUAUAGGCAUCAAGUAAGGUCUUAGGUUUUUAGAGAAUAGAAAUGAGCUUCUGGAGUGAACAGUAUGCCUAACUUUACAUAAAACAAUGAAACACGCUCGCGACAUUUAAGCCAUUUCCGCUUAUUUUAUGUGAAGUGUCUUCUGAUAACUAGGGCUAGCUCAUCACCACACCAAAGGAAAAACUUAGCAUACUUGAACAGUUUUCAGCUCGUCUGUAGGAUCAAGAGAUUGAUCAAAGUAGGAGUCUUAGCAGCACCAGAGUAAAACAUAGGAUUCCCUUUAUUUUAAACGCCGGAGUACAAUCAAGAGUCAAGACAACUUUCAUCAGUUAGGCUUCAAUUGCAUCGCGAGAGACCCAAAUAAAAUGCUUUUAAAUACCUUUUUUUAUUUAAUUGAAAGGGUAAAGGCAAGUUUCUAAAGAGCGUUUGGUUCGAAAUGAGAGGGAAGGGAGAGAUAAGGUAAAAAUGUACACAAUAAGGUGAGGUGAGGUGCAAGGCAAAAGGAAAUACGAUCAGAGAGAAAAGAUGCAAAAUGCGGGGCUUAACUUUUCGACUCCAGAUUAAUAAUCAGUGCCAUGUUACUGCUAAUGUUAAGUUUAACCACCGGAAAGGAAAUUGGUCAGCAACCCUGCUGUAGACAGUAUCCAAUGGGCGGGAAAGAACUACUGACGACGUUCACUGAUACGUGUUUGAUGCUGGAAGCCCGGAACAGCCGAUGAUAUAGUGACUGUUUCAGAUAAGCCAUGUAUACUACACUCAUACGUGACCAUACUCAAACAUAUUCAUGUACACUCAGUCGGACUGUCCACAGCACAUACAAACCAUAUCACCUACAAAAGAUACAGAUACCGACACUGCCUCCCGUAGCUACAGCAAUCUAGACUCCGUCUACAAUAGAUAAAGCUAUUUACGCUGAUUGUGAUAUAUACAGCCAUUAAAACAAUCUAAAAAAUUCAGUUA